AUGCUGUCCCGCCUAAUACCCAUUUCCUUCCUGCUCUUACAGACCAUCUUUGUUACAAAUGCCGCGAUCCAAGUCGUAGUCCCCUCCACUCCCUCGGGGUCCAAUGUCGUCGACUCAAAUUUCUUGGGAAUCAGUUUUGAGCUCAGUUUCAUGACCGAAUACUUUGGGAACGACACACAACACAUUAACAUGCCCAUCCUAAACUAUCUUGGCGCCAUACGCGCGCGUACUGCUGCAAAAGACCCAAUAAGGAUCCGAAUUGGCGGCAACAGCGCCGAUUCCUCCCCGUACUUCUCGCCAUCGGCCUCGCCGAUGGUUCAGCUCGUACCAGGAAACUACAAUUUCAACGACCAGCCAGUUACGUAUAAUUCGAUGAUAUGGUCAGUCAUGUCUGGCGUUUCAAAGAGCAUCGGUGGUGUUGCCUACGCGAUCAAUAUCCCGCUCGCCAUUUUUCCUAAUGCCACUAUGGCGGACGACAUCCGCAGCAUACUCGGGAGCGACCUAGACUCGAUGCUAUUGGGAAACGAACCAGACUUGUACACUGGACAUAACAAGCGGCCGAAUCAAGCCAAUUACACCGUCACCAAUUAUAUCGAUGAGUACAAGUCCGCGCUUGCUAUAAUAGGGACGAAGGAUGCAGCAGGGAAGGCUGACAUCGGUGGUCCAAGUAUUUGUUGCAAUUGGGAUCUGGAGCCUCUGCUGAAAGAAGGCUAUCUUAGCAACUUCACUGGUGAAUUAAAGUACAUUGUUCUCCAGCAUUAUCCCCAGAACAACUGCAACCCUGGAGUAUUCAAGUACCAGUUGCCCUGGUAUCUCCAGCAUGCUAAUGUUGUGGAGUUGGCACAAUGGCAGAAGCCCGGCAUUGACUACCUCUUGUCGCAACCCGCUGACCGUCGGCCCAAGCUCAUCAACUCUGAGUUUAACAGUGCAUCGUGUGGCGGCGUUCCGUUUUCCCCCAGCUUCGCCGUUGGUUCACUGUGGUCGAUCGAUUAUGCAUUACAGAUGGCAAGUGUAGGCUAUUCACAAGCUUACAUCCACACCCGUGAGGCAGGCAUCUCGUAUAAUCUCAUAAAACCUCCCACUGGCCCUCCUGGAUCUGCCGGUGCCUGGGUGACCAAUUCCCCAUAUUAUGCACUUCUCGUUGCAGCGGAAGCCCUCGUCUCGGACCACGGCGUGAUUGUACAAGACCUCAAUCUCGAAGGCUCAAGCUCGAAUCCAAACGUGACCACAUCUGGGUAUGCAAUCUACAACGCCAACAACAAGACGGUUUCCCGGCUCGUACUCAUCAAUGCUGCCAAUGGGACAUCAGCCGACUUCGCGCUUCCCGCCGCCGCCUUCCGCUCUUCUGGAACGGCACUUGUCAAGUUCCUCGCCGCCGCAAGACCAGAAGAAGAAACUAACAUCACGUGGGGCGGAGAGACUUGGUCUGGUCCACAAGUGACGGACGGCAAAGCGACGCAGAAACCCGCAUGGGCCGUGCCGAAUCAAAACCUGAAGGAUUGCGCACAGAAUGGCUGCUCGGUCAUUGUGCCUGGGCCGAGUCUUGCCAUUGUCUUUUUGGAUGGGAUGCAAAAUCGGGUGAUUGCCGCCGUCAAUCCAUCAGAUCCGGCGAGUGUGCCGGUGAAAGUUAACAACGGUUCGACGAGCGGAAGCGGGAACAGCAACAAUGGGAGCGGCCAUAAUGGGGGGACGAAGGGCCACAGUGGUGCGUUGUCGUUGCAAUUGUCAAUGGGUGCUGGGGCACUCUUUGUGUUGCUACCUUGGGCUGUUUGGGGUUCCUUUUAG